CUUCCUGUGCUUUGCCAGAAGUUUCUAUUUAUAAGGCUUUCGUUUUCAUUUCUGCAGUGGCCAGUGUAAGUUCCUGCCAAGGUACCCCUUUGCUAAACCCAAAGUUCAGAGUGAUCAGUCUGAGUUUGCUGUUGGCACAGCCUGGAUGUAUGAAUGCCUCCCUGGGUAUAAGAGGAAGACAUUCCAGACCUUCUGCCUAGAGACCUCCAAGUGGGCCGACGUCCGGCGGCAUUGCCAACGUAAAUCAUGUGUGAACCCCAAAGAACUCCUCCAUGGCUCUGUCCUCAUGUACACAGGGGUCGAGUUUGGGUCAACAGUUACAUAUUCUUGUGAUGCUGGGUAUCGGCUCAUUGGUGACCCAAACGCUACCUGUGUUGUUGUCUCAGGCAACAUUGUAACCUGGGACACAGACCCGCCACUCUGUGAAUCUAUACCUUGUGCGGCACCCCCAGCCAUCUCCAAUGGGGAUUUCAGCAGUGGGAGUGCAGACAGCUUUUCCCAUGGCACGGUGGUGAGGUACCGGUGCCAUGUGGGGCGGAAGGGAGAAAAGCUGUUUGACCUCGUGGGGGAGGCAUCAAUCUAUUGCACCAGCAAAGACAACAGGGUUGGCGAAUGGAGCGGCCCCGCCCCUCGGUGUGUUCCUCGGGUCAAAUGCCCCUUUCCAGAAGUUAAGAAUGGGAUCAUGAAGUCUGGAUUUAGACGUUCCUUCUCCUUAAACGAUUCCGUGAUGUUCACGUGCCAGCCUGGCUUCACCAUGAAGGGCAGCGGCACUGCCUGGUGCCAAGCGGAUAGCAGCUGGAGCCCCCCGCUGCCCACAUGCUUCCAGGGGUGCCUAUCCCCGCCGCGUGUCCGGCAUGGUCACUCUGACACGGCCGGCCAUGAGCUCUUCCCACCGGGGCGGGAGGUCACCUACAGCUGUGAGCCAGGCUACGCCCUCCAGGGCGUGAACCCUGUGACCUGCACGUCCUCAGGGACCUGGAGCCACACGGGCCCCACUUGCGAAGCGGAAUCAUGCGCUGACACCCCAGCCCGCCUCCCCCAUGGCCGAGUGCUGGCUCCUCCUAGUCUCCAGCUGGGGGCUGAGGUCUCCUUUGUUUGUGACAUGGGGUACCGGCUAAUCGGCCACCCCACUAGCCAGUGCGUCGUGGCAGGCCCAGCGGUGCGCUGGAGCAAUGGGCUUCCGGUCUGUGAACCAAUUUCUUGUGACCCUCCCCCUCCUAUCGAAAAUGGCUGGAACAGCUACACGGAAGGGGUCAUCAACCUGAAGGCUGUGAUCAGGUAUAGCUGCCCAGCGGCCUUCCGCCUCAUCGGCGACAGUGUGCUUUUCUGCUCCACCUACGACCAGGUGACGGGGGUCUGGGACAAGCCCGCCCCCCGCUGCGAGUACUACAACCGGCAGGCCACUUGCAAGGAGCCGGUCGUGCCUGAUGGCUCCAGGGACAGGUGGUCCCGGCCGCCCUAUAGACAUGGCAACUCCGUGAGCUUCACCUGCCACAAGACCUUCACCAUGAGGGGGAACAGGACCGUGUGGUGUCAGGCAAACAGCACGUGGGGCCCAAACCCGCUGCCCAUCUGCGAGAGAGAUGUCCCCCUGGAGUGCCCCCCGCUGCCUGCCAUCCCCCACGGAAACCACACGGCGGGAAACUUGGGCACCUUCGCGCCGGGGCUGUCCGUGACCUACAACUGUGAGCCCGGCUUCCUGCUGAACGGGAAGAAGACCCUCCGCUGCCUGUCCUCGGGGCGUUGGAGCGCCGCCGCCCCCACUUGUCGCGAGGCCCAGUGUCCGCCCCCAGGGCCGUUUCCCAAUGGGCAGGUCCAGGGGCCCCGGAAUCUCAGUGUGGGUGAGACCAUGAUGUUCCGCUGCAACCCAGGGUACUGGUUGCUGGGCCAGCCUUCCAGCCAAUGUGUGAUGGCCGGGCAGCAGGCCACAUGGACCAGGAUGCCAGUCUGUGAGGAGAUUCUCUGCCCACCGCCACCCUCCAUCCUCAACGGUCACCACACGGGCAGCCCUAGGGUACCCGCUCCGUUUGGAAGCAACAUCACUUACACCUGCGACCCGGACCCCGAGGAAGGGGUGGCCUUCGAGCUGCAGGGUGAGCGCACGCUCCGGUGCACCUCGGACGGCCAGCGCACUGGGCUCUGGAGCGGCCCGGCGCCACAAUGCGUGCUCUCCGGGCCCGCCCUCCAGUGCACCGCCCCCCGGGUGAGGAGGGGCCGGGUGCUAUCAGGGUCGCAGGAGCACUACUCCUACAAUGACACUGUGCGCUUUGCCUGCGAGGACGGUUUCACCCUGAGGGGCAGCCCGGGGGCCCGCUGCACGGCCCGUGGCACCUGGGAGCCGGCCGCCCCUGUCUGCGAGAAAGAGUGCCAGUCCCCCCCUGAGGUCCCCCACGGGCACUGGGUGGAUGGCGGUAGGCUGCACUUCCCACCCGGGACAUCCGUGACCUACAGCUGCACGCCCGGCCACGUGCUGGAGGGCGAGGGCACCGUCUACUGCAGCCCCCAUGGCGAGUGGAUGCCCGCUGCCCCCCGGUGCAGAGUGGCGGAGUGCGAGCCCGAGGGAGAGCAGCUCUUUGAGAGGCCCCGAGGCCAGUUCGUCAGGCCGGAAGUGAACUCCUCCUGCGAAGACGGGUACCGGCUUGGAGGCAGCGUGUUCCAGCUGUGCCGAGGCCCAGCCCCGUGGUUUGUGGAGACACGGCUGUGCGAGGAAAUCACCUGCCCGCCGCCCCCCACCAUUGCCAACGGGUCACACACGGGGAGCGCCUCGGAGGAGGCCCCAUAUGGAGCCACCGUCACCUACACGUGCAGCUCUGGGCCAGAACCGGGUGUGGGCUUCAAGCUGGUCGGGCAGCCUGUCCUGCAUUGCACCAGCCUGGACCAGCGCCACGGUGUCUGGAGUGGCCCCGCCCCCGCCUGCCUGCUUGUCCUCCCGGCUGCACAGUGCCCCCCAGUGCACGUGCUCCACGGGCGCCAGAUGUCAGACCGCGAAGCCCCGUACUCCUACAACUACAGUGUGGAGGUCCAGUGCGAGCCAGGGUUCACUCUGAAGGGCAGCAGGCGGAUUCGCUGCAAAGCUGAUGGCUCCUGGGACCCGGAAAUACCCACCUGCGAGAAAGGCUGCGGGCCGCCGGCCAGGCCCCUCCACGGCAGGCACACGGGCUCCAGCCAGGCACUCUUUGUCCCUGGGACCAGCGUAGACUACAGCUGCGACCCCGGGUUCUUGCUUGUGGGCAGCAAGUCCAGCCGCUGUGCGCCGUCAGGGACCUGGAGCCCUUCCGCCCCUCGGUGUGAAGAAACUCUGUGUCAGCCUGUGGGAGAGGAGCUGCAGGACCCACCCGCCAGGUCUCCUGUGGUUGCAGCCAACACCUCCUGCCCAGAGGGGUACCAGCUGGUGGGGCACACUUACUGGCAGUGUCAGGACACUGGGAGUGGGGUUUGGUUCCAGCGUCGCACUCGUUGUGAAGCAGUCCGCUGUCUGCCUCCUCCAGUGAUCAGCCACGGGCGGCACACGGGGUCGCCGGGCAAGCCCUUCCUGUACGGCCACGAGGUCUCCUACAAGUGCGACCAGGGCUUCUCGCUCGUGGGCGUGCAGGCCAUCCGGUGCACGCGCGACGCCAUGGGUCGGGGGUCCUGGAGCGCGCCCCCUCCGCGGUGCGAGCUGCUGCCGCCCCCGACACCCCCCACGCACUGCCCAGCCCCUGAGGUGAGGCACGGCCGAGUGCUGAGCGGGGCGGAGCCUCCACACGCACUUGAUGCUGAGGUGCUAGUCGCCUGCGACCCCGGCUUCGUGAUGAAUGGAAGCCGCGAGAUCAGGUGCCGCAGCGAUGGCGCGGGGACGCCGGUGUGGGUUCCGGGGGUGCCCACGUGCAUCAGAAAAGGAUGUCACCGGCCGGCAGCCAUCCCCAAUGGCAACCACACGGGCGGAGCCUCGGCUCGCUUUUCCCCAGGGAUGUCGGUGCUGUACAGCUGUGAGCAGGGCUACCUGCUGGUAGGGGCCCCGCUGCUGCUCUGCACUCACGAGGGGGCCUGGAGCCAGCCCCCACCCUCCUGCAAAGAGGUGAACUGCAGCUUCCCCGCGCACAUGCUGGGCGCCCGGCAGGGCAUGCAGCCGGGGAGCGUUUUCCAGUAUGGCGCCAUCGUCACAGUGGCCUGCGAGGACGGCUACACGCUGGAGGGCAGCUCCCAGAGCCAGUGCCAGGAUGACCACCGCUGGGACCCCCCACUGGCCAAAUGCCGGUCCCAAGGUCUUUCUGCCGGCUUCAUCCUUGUGAUUUGCUUGACCAGCAUCAUCCUGUGCAGGAUGCUAAAGCACCGGGAGCGGAACUACUACACCAACACAGGCCCCAAGGAAGGGGAGCUCAGCCUGGAGCCGGGAGUUGUCCUAGUGGCUCUGGUGCUGCUCACGCUGCCAGCGGCUCAGGGUCAGUGUGCAGUCCCCGAGCAGCUGCCGUUCGCCAAGCUGACAAAGGUGCCCGUGGAGCGCGAGUUUCCUGUCGGGGCCCGGCUAAGCUACAUGUGCCGCCCGGGCUUCCAUGGGAGGCCGUUCUCCAUCACCUGCCUCCAGAGCCGCACCUGGUCGACCCCAAUGCUCUGCAAGCGCAAGGCAUGCAGUAACCCCCGCGACCUCCCCAAUGGCAAGAUGACCAUACCCGGGGACACCACGUUCGGGUCGACCAUCACCUACACCUGUAACGAAGGAUUUCGCCUCAUCGGGGAAUCCUCCACCACGUGUGUUCUCUCGGGCAGCACCGUCACCUGGGAUAGCGAACCCCCUUUAUGUGAGAGCAUUCCUUGUGGGCCACCCCCCAGCAUCGCCAAUGGGUUUUUCAUGAGCUCGAACCCUGAAUACUUUCCCUACGGGGCAGUAGUGACCUACCACUGCAAAAAUCUCGUGGUGGGCAGGAGGACCAGGCCCGCGAGACUGGUGGGAGAGCGGACCAUCUACUGCACCAGCAAAGACAACCGCGAGGGCAUCUGGAGUGGCCCCGCCCCACAGUGCCUGGUGCCCAACACGUGCACGCCCCCCACCCUUGAGCCCGGCGCCCGGCUGUCCGAGAACAGGAGCCUGUUCUACUUGGGUGAAACCGUGGCCGUCGAGUGCCUCCCCGGCUUCGUCAUGGCAGGGCCACCCCGGGUGAGCUGCCAGGCCCAGAACCAGUGGGGCCCAGCGCUGCCCACCUGCUCCAAGGGUGAGUCGGAGGGGCAGGUGGUGGACUGCGAGGAGCAGGAGCUCACCUGCCCCGACUUCCCGGACCCACUCCCGAACGGCCGCGUGCUGCCCCCGCGGACCCUCCAGCUCGGGGCGAGAGUGGCCUUCGCUUGUGACGAGGGGUUCCGUCUGGAGGGCCCCUGGGCCAGCCACUGUGUGCUGGUGGGGGCAAGUGCCCUGUGGAACAGCAGUGCCCCGACCUGUGAGGGAAUCUUGUGUCCACGUCCCCCCGACAUUCUGAACGGGCGCCACACAGGAGAAGAACAGGACAACUUUCCCUACGGCACGGUCGUCAGAUAUGCCUGUGACCACCGCCCACAGGGGGGCCCGGCCUGGGAGCUCAAGGGGCAGAGCAUCCUGCACUGUGAGAGCGACACUCACGGCCACGGGGUCUGGAGUGGCCCUGUGCCCCGCUGUGAGCUCACGGGUCCUGCCGGUUUCUGCGAGGCCCCGGAAGACUUCCCCUUCGCCGAGCCCACUGACCCAAGGCGGGAAUCCCAGUUCCCGGUGGGGACGGCUUUGAAUUACGAGUGCCGCCCCGGGUAUCGCGGAAGCACCUUCUCCAUUACCUGCCUGGAGAGCCUGGCCUGGUCAGGGGCCGAAGGUCUCUGUCGCCGGAGGUCCUGUGGAGCACCCCCCGAGCCCCACAACGGCAUGGUGCUUGUGAACACAGACACCCAGUUUGGAUCAACAGUUAAUUAUACCUGUAAUGAAGGGUACUGGCUCCGUGGGGCCCGUGCGGCCACCUGUCUGCUCUCAGGCAGCGACGUCGCAUGGGACAGGGAGGCGCCAACCUGCGAGCAGAUCUUCUGUGCAGCCCCACCGUCCAUUGAGCAUGGGACCCACUCUGGAGGACACGCCAGGGCCUUUCCCUAUGGAGUGGCCGUCAGCUACACCUGUGACCACCGCCCACAGGGGGGCCUGGCCUGGGAGCUCAAGGGGCAGAGUGUCCUGCACUGCAUGAGCGACACUCAUGGCCACGGGGUCUGGAGCGACCCUGUGCCCCACUGUGAGCUCACAGGUCCUGCCGGUUUGUGCAAGGCCCCGGAAGACUUUGCCUUCGCCGAGCCCACUGACCCGAGGCGGGAGUCUGAGUUCCUGGUGGGGACGGCCUUGAGUUACGAGUGCCGCCCUGGGUAUCGUGGAAGCACCUUCUCCAUCACCUGCCUGGAGAGUCUGGCCUGGUCGGGGGCCGAAGGUCGCUGUCACCGGAGGUCCUGUGGAGCCCCCCCUGAGCCCCAAAAUGGCAUGGUGCUUGUGAACACAGACACCCAGUUUGGAUCAACAGUUAAUUAUUCCUGCAGUGAAGGGUACUGGCUCCGUGGGGCCCGUGCGGCCACCUGUCUGCUCUCAGGCAGCGACGUCGCAUGGGACAGGGAGGCGCCAACCUGCGAGCGGAUCUUCUGUGCAGCCCCACCAGCCAUCAAGCACGGGACCCACUCUGGAGGACACACCAGGGCCUUUCCCUAUGGAGUGACCGUCAGCUACACCUGUGACCCCUACCCUGAGGGGGGCCCGGCCUGGGAGCUCAAAGGGCAGAGUGUCCUGCACUGCAUGAGUGACACUCAUGGCCAUGGGGUCUGGAGCGGCCCUGGCCCCCGCUGCGAGCUCACAGAUCCUGCUGAAUGCCCACAGCCUCCUGAGACCCCCCAUGGGCAGCUGGUGGACACGCAUGGCUCUCCACACCGCCCCGGGAUGGUGGUCACUUACACAUGUGACCCGGGGUACCUGCUGGUGGGCCAGGCCUUCGUUUUCUGCACACACAGGGGCACCUGGAGCCCUCUGGCCCACCACUGCCAAGAGGUGAACUGCAGCCUCCCGCAGCUCCUGGAGGGCAUCCGGCUGGAAGGGGGGGGCACGUACCGCUAUGGAGACAGCGUCACGGUGGCCUGCAAGGACGGCUACACACUGGAGGGUAGCCCCCAGAGCCAGUGCCAGGCGAACCACACCUGGGCGCCCCCGCUGGCCGUCUGCACACCCCGCCUCCCAGUGGCCCUCAUAGCCGGCUUGUGCCUCAUCGCCCUCGUGCCCCUCGUCACCACUGCAGUUUCCUGCUGGGUGAUUGUAAAGUGCAGAAAGAGAUGGGGCUGGUGCCCCCUGCCUGGUGUUGCCCUGCCCUUCCCCUGCUCUACCCCUCUGCUGGGCUGGCAGGCUGGGGUUGGCCUGGCCACCGCUGCUGUGGCCCUGCUGCCCCAGAUGCCCUGCAGGGAGACGUCGACCUCAUCCUGGAUUCAGGGUCCCCUUCUGUGCACCUCAGCCCCUGACUCAGCCUUUAUCCCAUGA